ACUUGAGACCAUUUUUUUUGAGACCAUUUUUUGAUGUGAGCAUCCAAAUACAACCAUUUGAUAAAAAAAUUAAGUCGGUAGUUGCAUAUCGGUAGAAAUAGCCGCUAGCUUCUUACUUGUUAACAAAAGACUCAAGACAUCAUUAGGGUGCUCAUUCAAUGGCAUGUAAUAUAUAUUUAUACAAUAACAAUAACUAAAGGACAGAUUAUUAGCCUGUGCUUGCGUAUGAAUUUUACAUUGGUUGUAUUUAUUAAAAAUAAUUUAUUAAUAAUCGUCGUUAUAUCCCAUAGACUUUUGUCAUCGCCAUCAAUGUCAUGGUUAUGAUCACUUCUAGAUCUAUGGUAAUAUAAAUUUUAUCUUCCAGAACCAUGCACGUAUUAAUCCUGCUCCUGGCUUUGCCUAUAUCCUUCGUUCUGGCCCAAGACGAAACCUACAACACCCGCUAUGAUUCACUCAAACUCCAAGAGGUUUUACAAAACAGAAGGCUUACUAUGUCUUAUGUCAAGUGUAUUUUAGACAAAGGAAGGUGUACGGCUGAAGGAAGAGAGUUGAAAUCCCACAUUUCAGAAGCUCUCCAAAAUGGCUGCGCAAAAUGCACAGGCGCACAAUUCAAAGGUGCUAAACAGGUGAUCAAACACCUGAUCAACCAUGAACCCAAGUCCUGGAAGGAACUGGUGAAGAAAUACGACCCUGAGCGAGUUUACAUGCAAAAGUAUGAACAUGAAUUGAAGAAUUUAUAAUGAUUCUGCUAUUUUUUCAAAUUUUUGUGAGGUUUGGGCGCAUCUCGUGCGUUUUUAACGCGUUUCGUGCACCGUGCGAAUUUUCUAAUUAAUUAAAAAAUAAAGGCGCACGAUGCACAAAACGCGACUAGACCUUCUAUGAUUGCCACCACGAUUGCUCUUUUUUAUACGUAUAUUCAAAACUUUGCAGCAGUUUCUUUUUAUGUAUUCUAAUAGAUGCACGAAUUGAGACAUAUUUCGUGUAUAAUAAAAGAAAAACUGACAUUUGAUAUUUCUUAAAAAAUCAACAACAAUUUUGGGUUAAAAAGGAAAUGUGUUGGAUUUUGUUAUUGAAUUUUAAUCAAUAAAUAUAAUUUUAUUCGAAUUUAUGACAAAAUUCAUUAUUUUAUGACCCUGGUGUUGUGUCUAUGAAUUAUGACAUGAAAAGAAACGCUCCAAACAUGUUUGUUAAUUUUAAUAAUUUAUUUGUAUAUAUUUUAGUGACUAAGAGAAUAACUGUUCAUUGUUUUUAAGUACAC